GCUCCUUGUGGAGAGGGUUGUAAGCAGCUGGUCGGUGCUAAAAGGGAACUAUUUGUAGCUUUUGCCAGCUAAUGUUACUGAAUCAAGUCCCUUGUUGAAAAACUUGAUCAAUAGGAAAAUAGGUGCCUGGGACUUGGUACGGAGGGAUUUUAUGUUUAUUUUAUUAUUUUAGAAGCUAUUGAAUAUUUCUUUAAUGCAGAAUGAAUGAAGACAGUUCAGUGUUGUGAAAACACUGCACAGGGAGAUGGGGGUCAGAACAAUAAGCAUGCAGAGCUCUUGGCACCAAACAGCCCUUUAAUUUUCUGAGAGAGGCUCCAUGUGCUACAUCCACACUGCACCGUUUGAGAAGAUUUGAAGAUGUUUUUGUCAUUGGCUCCCAUCAUCUCUCUUUUUGCAAUAAUUAUUUUAGCUGUACACGGUGGGAAAGUUCUAGUAUUUCCACAUGACGGCAGCCACUGGGUGAACAUGAGGGUACUUGUUGAGGAGCUGCACUCAAGGGGACACACUGUGACUGUCAUUCGUGUUGCAGACAGCUGGUACAUCAGUGAAACGUCUCCACAUUACAAUACUGUCACAGUGGAUAUUGCUGGUGGUGGAAAUGAGGAUUUCUUUCGUCUCUUUGUCUCUAAAAGUAUUCAGAUUAAACGAAGCAAGGGGUCUGCGUGGGCCCGUUUUGCUUUGGACAUGGAGUUAAAAGACAACUUCUUUGAAUUACACAAGAAAGUCUGUGAAGUGGUCGUGUACUUAUUUGAAAACAAAGAGUUAAUGAAGUCCUUCCAAGACGCCAAGUAUGAUGCGGUUUUGACAGAUCCUGCUAACGGAGGAGGAGUGAUGCUGGCCCACUUUCUUGGAUUGCCGUUAGUGUUUAAUGCUCGAUGGACUGUUCAUGGUGAAGCCCAUUUUGCUAUUGCACCCUCUCCGCUUUCCUACGUCCCCUUUCCACCCUCAGAAUUAACAGAUCAAAUGACUUUCUUUGAGAGGGUCAAAAACCUUGUUUUUUACACCAUGAGGAUGCAACUAUACAAGCAGAUAGUUGGGCCCCAUUAUUCUGCAUUGUCCAGCCGUUACUUUGGUCCAGAUGUAGACUACUUCUACCUGUUUCAAGCAGCAGACCUUUGGCUCAUGAGAGUGGACUUUGUGUUUGAGUUUCCUCGUCCUACCAUGCCGAAUAUUAUCUAUAUAGGAGGGUUCCAGUGUAAACCAGCAAAACCUCUUCCUGAACACCUGGAGGAGUUUGUGCAGAGUUCAGGAGAGCACGGGGUCAUCAUCAUGUCUCUGGGGACUUUGAUUGGAGAGCUUCCCCAUGACCUAGCUGAUGAGAUGUCUACAGCUUUUGCUAAAUUACCCCAGAAAGUCAUCUGGAGAUAUAAAGGUGACAGACCAGCCACUCUGGGCAACAACACUUUACUAGUCGACUGGAUGCCACAAAAUGAUCUCCUAGGACAUCCACAUGUAAAACUAUUUGUAAGUCAUGGAGGAACAAAUGGAAUAUAUGAGGCUAUAUAUCAUGGCGUUCCAAUUGUAGGCAUUCCCUUUGUUUUCGAUCAAGCCGACAACCUCUCUAGACUGAGAGCAAAGGGUGUUGCAAAGGUUUUGGAUGUUUCUGAAUUGGAUAAGGAAAUAUUUCAGAAUGUCAUAGAGGAAGUCCUGAAUGAGCCCUCCUACAGAAUAAACAUGCAGAGACUCUCCAGGCUGCACAGAGAUCAGCCAAUGAAGCCGCUGGACCGCGCCCUCUUCUGGAUAGAGUUUGUCAUGAGACACAAAGGUGCAGCUCACCUGAAAGCAGAGGCCUACAGAAUGCCCUGGUACUCCUACCACUCUGUCGAUGUCGUACUAUUUUUACUUACAAUUGCAUUUCUUGUUUUGUUAUUUUUUGCUGUGUUGGUAUGGUCAUGCUUUAGAUUGUGUUUGAAAAGAAAAGUGAAAUCUGACUAACCAGGAAAAUCAUUUUCAUAUUGGUCAAUUAUGUAUUGUUUG